AUGGCAGUGUCUGAGUGUAAACAGUCUGAUUUAAGUGAAUCAAUUUUGAAAAGUUCAGCAGAGGAUUUUGAUCACAAAUGUGUGCCUUGUUUAUCAUCUGACAACCAAAUUGUUGAAGCAAUUGGAUUUUGUGUGACAUGUCAGGAGUUUCUGUGCAGAGAAUGCUUCAAGUUUCAUAAAAAGACGAAUGCACUUAAACAUCAUGAACUGCUGGAUCAAGUAAGCAUGCGGAGGAGCGGUACUUCUUCUAUGAAGGAUCAUACUAAAUCUAUACCAGAGAUUUUCACACAGAGAUGUCCUACACAUAAGAACGAGUUUAUCAAGUUUUUCUGUCCCAUACAUGAGGCAGUUGGCUGCACAGUCUGCAUGACCAUUGAUCAUAGAACUUGCAAAAUAGAUUAUAUACCUGAAAACUGUACAGGAAUUGCAGAGAGUGUAGAAUACAGCAAUGUUAUACAGAAGUUGGACAAGAAAAUGAAAGAUGUUGAUGCUGUUUUGAUUAAAGCAGGACAUGAUGACAAGUUUCUAGAUCUUCAAUAUAAUAACUUUAUUCUUGAAGUAGCAAAGCAUCGAAAAAGGAUUGACAAUCGAUUAGAUGAACUUCAAGAGAAAGUAAUUGAAAUUGCAGGAAAAAGGAGAUCCCAGGACAAAAAAAUCAUUCAAGAAGUAAUUGGUAAAUGUAGUGACACUUCGAGUGAAGCAAAGAAAAUGCAGAGCAGUUUGCAAGACAACAAGGCAUCAAAGCAGAAUAUACAACUGUAUAUAAAUAUUAAACAAGCUGAAACAAAACUCAAAACAGAUGAUAUACACCUGACUGAGCAAUCAUUAGACAAAAUAAAUGUACAAUACAAGUUUCAACAUAAUGAGGACCUAGAAAAAAUGAUUGGAUGUGCUGUGCUAAGCUCCAACAAAGUUGUCUUGAUUGAUAGUGCCCACAAUCAGAAACUGAAAGUUGUAGAUACAGACGGUAAAACUGUGAUAGAGGAAAAAGUGAUGGACCCACCUCCCUCUGGAAUUACAGCAAUACCAAAUGAUCAGAUAGCUGUUACAAUUCCAAAGAAGAGAGAAAUAUUGAUAAUAUACACUGAAACCACAAGUGGUCAUAAUAGCAUGAUAUUUGUUCGCAUGGAUUUAAAUGGAGAGGUUUCUGCUGAAUACGCUUCUGCUGACGUCAUAUCUAAAACGCCUGAAGACAUGGUAGUAUUAGAUGAUGGAUCUCUGCUGGUAUGUGUUAAUACAAGUCCUGCCAUCUAUCGUAUAUCACAGGAUUUCAAGGAAUUCUAUGCUGUAGAGACAGUGUCCACUGACACACAUUCAAUCUGUUACAAUAGAAAUCUAAGAAAAUUUAUACUGGCUCAUUCACAGUAA